GAGCGGAGCCAGCCGUGAGCCUGGGAGCGCAGCAGCCGCGGAGGAGGCGGCGACAGGCGGGAGCAGCGGCCGCACAGGCUCGGGGCCAGCCCAGCGCGCAUCCCCGGCGGGCGCCCUGCGCUGCAGAGAGCUCAGAGGAGCGCGGGAGCCGCGACCCAGGAGUGGACAAAGCAAGAUGGCAGGGAUCUUAGCCUGGUUCUGGAACGAGCGGUUUUGGCUUCCGCACAAUGUCACCUGGGCAGACCUGAAGAACACGGAGGAAGCCACCUUCCCGCAGGCGGAGGACCUUUACCUCGCCUUCCCCCUGGCCUUCUGCAUCUUCAUGGUGCGGCUCAUCUUCGAGAGAUUCAUAGCCAAACCGUGUGCCAUAGCCCUCAACAUCCAGGCCAAUGGACCACAAAUUGCCCAGCCAAAUGCCAUUCUGGAAAAGGUCUUCACUGCUAUAACAAAGCAUCCCGAUGAGAAGCGACUGGAAGGACUCUCCAAGCAGCUGGACUGGGAUGUUCGCAGCAUUCAACGCUGGUUUCGACAAAGGCGCAACCAGGAAAAACCCAGCAUCCUGACCAGGUUCUGUGAGAGCAUGUGGAGAUUUUCCUUUUACCUCUAUGUAUUUAGCUAUGGAGUCCGGUUCUUGAAGCAGACUCCUUGGUUGUGGAAUACGAGACACUGCUGGUAUAACUACCCGUACCAGCCACUCACUGCUGACCUUCACUACUAUUAUAUCCUGGAGCUGUCAUUUUAUUGGUCUUUAAUGGUUUCCCAGUUCACAGAUAUCAAAAGGAAGGACUUUGGCGUUAUGUUCCUGCACCACCUUGCAACUAUUUCCUUGAUAACCUUUUCAUAUGUCAACAACAUGGCCCGAGUAGGGACCCUGGUCCUCUGUCUUCACGACUCUGCCGAUGCUCUGCUAGAGGCUGCCAAAAUGGCAAAUUAUGCCAAAUUUCAAAGGAUGUGUGAUCUUCUGUUUGUCAUGUUCACCAUGGUUUUUAUCACCACGCGGCUGGGCUUAUUUCCUCUUUGGGUGUUAAAUACCACACUGUUUGAAAGUUGGGAGAUUGUCGGACCUUACCCUUCCUGGUGGGUUUUUAACCUGCUACUGUUGCUACUACAAGGCUUGAACUGCUUCUGGUCUUACUUGAUUGUAAAAAUAGCUUGCAAAGCUGUUUCAAAAGGCAAGGUAUCCAAGGAUGACCGGAGCGACCUUGAAUCUAGCUCAGAAGAUGACGACUCAGAACCUGCAGGGAAGAAACCACACGCUUCGACAACCAACGGAACCAAUGGUACCAACGGAUAUCUCAUAACUGGUCCAUGUUCCAUGGAUGACUAAUUACCCAAAACUAUAAGUCUUCAACAAAGUGAACUGUUUGUUCCUGGAAGUAUUUAAUAAGUUGCAAAUGUGGUUCCUUUCAUGAUAUCUCAUCACCAGAGACAAAAAUUAGGAUUCUCAAAGCAUUCUGAAUAGUGUACUGCCAUGUGUCCUGUCUGUGAAUGAAGAAGAAAUCCCAUUCUCUCUAUGUAGGCAUGCUGUAUGUAACUGACACAAGGGAACAGUGUUUGCAUUUGUCUCGGAAUAUUAUUUAUUUUUUUAUUUGUUUGUAAAUCUGUGGACAGGCGAGGAUUCCCUCACUCCUUUUACUCUGGGCUCAUGACUGACCAUGAAGGAGAUGCUCCAUCUGUUUCUACCCCUUUCUCAUGCUGUAGUCCAGUGUGCCGUGAGCAUCAGCUGACCUUAUCACUUAGACCAAGUAAAACCCCAUGAAAUAUCCUCACGCAGUCCCGAUAGGUUGGCUUUCUUUCCGUUCUGCACCCAUUUUAUAGUUGCCCAUGUAGUUGGUGACUGUUGUUCCAUGUGAGUCUAAACAGGAUGAACCAGGUAUUUUAGCUGUCACUCUUUGUGGUCAAUUAGCAGUUCAAAUGAAGGGGGAUAGCUAUUAGGGGACUUUGGAAUUUUAUGUGAAAUUGCUUUGGAAUAGAUUUGUCUCUUUGGAAAUUGCUUUGUCUCUUAUGCACAAACAUGAGAUUUCAUUAGUGUGGUAGAGAGUUGGGAGUUGACCUUGUUGGUAACAAAGUUACUUUGUCCUCCAGUGAGGCCAGUGUUCUGAUUCUGAAACGAUGUUGCUAGCUUAACCUCACAGACACAAAGGGACCCACAGACUGGGGACUUGCUCUGUGUUCUGGGAAUCACAGGAGGCUAGCAACUGACUUCAACCAGGUCUUGCCACAGCUCCUACUGUAUUAGCACAGUCUUCCGUCCUGCCAUGUAAAAAGGAAGCCAAGAACGUUUUGAGGCAGAUAAAGAGGGAAUCUUUUAAGAGUUGGCAAAGGCUAACUUCAUGCAAAGCACUUUACUGCCACCAGCUCUCGCGAGAAAGCCUUAUCUAGGAUUCAACUUGUUUUUAUUUUGCUGAGAAAAAUAAGUCCAGUGGGAGAAAGACCAUUUAUCCUUGGCCUUUCUCUUUAAAGCAUCCCACAAUGACUUUCUCGUUGCUAGAAGCAUCAGGCCUGCACUGCGAGUUGAAUUUGUUUCAUUUACUGUUUUGAAGACUCAUGGAGGCUCCUGAGAAUUUUUAUUCAAGUGGAGCUAUUUCCAGAAGAACAUCAGAACUUCUACUAGACAAUGGUGGUGACAGCCAUGAGAAAAAUUACCAAAGAGUAAGUUCAUGAGAGCACUCCCCCCCAACACACACCAAGGCAUUGUCACUGGUGUGUGGCUACGGCAACCACACAGGGGAGCCAAUGACUUUACCUCAUCUCAUCUUUAGUGAAAAGGGAAUUCAAUGGUAAUACAAAUACUCCUAAGUCAAACAUCACCUAAAACAGGGGUCCAAAAUAAUCAGGGCACUGAGUAGCCAACAGCAAAAUGCUGCAGUGCAUGUCUGUCCUGCCCAGAGCCAUCCACAUUUCCCUUGAUUUUUUUUUUUUAAAUUAAAUCUUCAUACCCAUCCUUUGAAGCCUAUGGGUGAAUAGUUAAGAGAAGACUCCCAAAGAACUCUGGCUGCAGUGUCAGAUCUUUCUCCACCCACCUACAAAGCAGUAUUUUCUGGUAUGGUCCAGAUAAUAAUUUUAAAAGCUUAGAAACAUGUCUGCUUGUUACUGUAGAAGACAGUGCAACUGACUGUGUGUUUUGAGCCUUGCUGAAUUAUUAACCCAAACAGUUAUAUGUCUAGGAGUGAAACUUGGAAGUGUUUGAGUUUAUGAGACCAAUGAUAAGACACCAAAGUGCAUUUGCACAAAUGCAGAUAGAUGGAAAACAAAAGCAGUGUUGAGAAGGUGAGCCUUUUCCUCAGCUAAGCUAAGGAGCAUGCCCAUCUUGCUUAAGUGUCUGGGCACCUCCUCCUCCUCCCAGGGGUGACAUGAACUUGAGAACCACAGUGUAUUUGAAUUUGAACCAAGUGACCCGUUUUUGCACAGAAGAAUUUUAAGAUCAAUUUGUACAAAUUCAGAAGAGGUAUGUAAAAUGAAGUAAGUUGAUUCUGCCCAUAUCAAAGGCAGUUCUGAACCUGCUAGACUAGAGAUGUGCUUUGUGACUGACACCAGUAACUUGACCGGUUCGUCUACUGUGUCUGUAGAUUUUUGUUUCAUUUUGCAUUCUAGAGAAAAUAGUUCCAUUUGGUGAUUUGAAAUGGUGUUUGUAGGCUUUCCCUGGAAUUGAAUAUCUCUGUCUGCUGUUCUCCCAUAGUGACUGGAUAAGAUUAGCACAGACACUGUGUGAGCAACCUUGUUCACCCAUGCCCAGCCAUAGCCUUCAGAAGUGUGAUUUAUAAGUCCAGCUGUAGGUUAGUUCUGAGUGGUGUUCUCAUUAAUUAGCUUAGUCUGUGGUGAUGUCCCCUUCCUCCUGGUUGCAUUCACGUUUCCCAGGGUACCAAGGUGUGUGUAGAAAGGACUCUAGAAAAAGUAACUUUUGAUCUCCUGUAUUAUAGCUUACCUAGAUUUAGUGGGGGGAGAGUAGGAAAUCAAGUAGAAUUUGGCCUUGAGUCAAUAAAUGAUAUAGCCGUGUGUGGUUUGUGUGUGUGUGUAUACGUAUGUUCCUCCAAAAAACAGUAAAACCAAAUUAGUGCUGAUUCACCUUCAUCCGUCUUGUCAUAAAAAGAUACAUUCACAUGAGCUAUAGAAACUUCCCUUCUCCUUGGUUUUGCCUCCCACCUGCUGAGAGGGGCCAAACCCUUUCAGCCUGUUAUCCCCAGAGCUCCCCAAGAGAGAACCCAGGCCCUGAGCAUCUGCUGUCACACUUAAGCCAAACCCAGUUCGCUCUCUCAAACUUAGUCCUGUGGACGCUGAGAGGAGAGGAGCAACCAGAAGGACAGUAUUGUGGGUCAUCCGGGUGUUCGUUGUAAAAAUGAGGAUGAUUACCAUUUAACCCCAGGGUUUGAAUGCUGCUGAAUUGCCAGACAGAGGAUAUCCCCAAUCUCCCUCUGAUCGUGCCACUGGUGUCUAACAGAGAAGAACAAGGCAGAAAAGACAGGGAACAAGCAAGGCUAGAUCAGAUCUUUAGUUCAUAUGAUGGGUGAGUCUCCAAAUGUCAAAUUCUCAUCUGAACGCAGCCAUACACUCAGCCACAGUGCUACACUCAAGGAUAGGCUGCAUGUGCUCCUGUGGUCCCACAGGCACUGAGAGGCAAUACUGUCUGCUUGUGUGUAAGUACACUCCAUGAUGCUCAUAGGAUGACAAAAUCGGUGAAGGACACAUUUCUCAGAAUGUGUCCCUAUUGUUAAGUGACACACUUGGUAGAGUUUGAGUUUGAGCAAACUGAAUGCCUUCCUUCGUCUUAGAUAGCAAGGGUCUGAAUCUUCCACCUUGCAUUUAAAUCUCAUUGUUAUUUGAGCUAAGCAAAGAUGGGACUUUGUUGUAGUUUGUCUGUUAAAAAUGACGUCAUUGUGGUUUACCUAUGUCUUUGCUGACAAGCUCUUCUGAGAGAAUGUAUGAGUACCCUUGAUUAUCUCCAAUCCUUUCAUCAUCUUGUAUUGGUAAUCAUUUGGGUGGAAAUUAAUGCCAAAGUUGCCUGGAUAUUUGAGGUGUUUUUUUUU